AUGGCCGACCAAAAGCCCAUCAGCGAGUCGUUCCCCAAGGACAAGGAGAUGGCUACGGCUCACGAGGAGACGGCCGUUGCGCCGGGGGCCAUCGCCUCCGAGGCCAAGCAGGCGGCCGAUGCCGAGCAGAACAUGACCGUCCUGCAGGCCAUCAAGGCAUAUCCCAAGGCCAUCGCCUGGUCUGUUCUGCUGUCGAGCACCCUUAUCAUGGAGGGCUACGAUCUUGCGCUGCUCGGAAACCUCUACGGCAACUCGCACUUUACCAAGUACUUUGGCGAAUUCCACGAGGCCAGCGGCAAAUACGUCAUCUCUGCCGCCUGGCAGUCGGGCCUCUCCAACGGUGCCCGCGCCGGUGAGGUCUUUGGCCUCAUCAUUGCCGGCUGGAUGACCGAUCGCUGGGGCUACCGCUAUACCACCAUGGCCAACCUCGCGGCCAUGAUCGCCUUCAUCUUCAUCCUCUUCUUCGCGCCCAACGUCCAGGUUCUCGUCGUCGGCCAGAUUCUCUGCGGUAUCCCCUGGGGCGCCUUCCAGUCGGUGACGCCGGCCUAUGCCAGUGAGGUGGCGCCGGUCAUUCUGCGGCCGUUCUGCACGACCUUUAUCAAUGCUUGCUGGGUCAUCGGCCAGCUUCUCAGCUCUGGUAUUUGCCGCGCGACCAUCAACAGGCCAGACAACUGGAGCUGGCGUGUUCCUUACGCCGUCCAGUGGGUUUGGCCUAUCCCCAUCCUCAUUGGCCUGAUCUUUGCUCCCGAAUCACCAUGGUGGCUCGUCCGUCACAACAGGAGAGAAGAGGCCCGCCACUCUCUUGUGCGCCUCACGAAGCGCGAUCAGCCCAGCGUCAAUGUCGAAAACACGCUCGCCAUGAUCGAGUACACCAACGCCCGCGAGGCCGAGCUCAGCGAGGGCACAUCGUACCGCGACUGCUUCCGGGGCACCGAUCUUCGCCGCACAGAAAUUGUCGUCAUUCUCUGGAUCGUUCAGACGCUGGGAGGCCAGAACCUAAUGGGGUACUUCACCUUCGUGAUGGUGCAGGCCGGUCUGGAUCCCACGAACUCCCUCAACCUGUCCAUCGCCAACUCCGGCCUCGGUCUCGUCGGCGUCAUCGGCUCGUGGUUCUUGAUGUCCUACGUCGGAAGGCGCAAGAUCCACUUUUCCGGACUCGUCUGCCAGUUCACCAUCCUGAUCGUCGUCGGUUCUUUGUACUUUGGCCGCAACAACGCCUCGCUGUGGGCCACGGCGUGGCUUCCUCAUCCUCUUCACCUUUGUACCAAGACGAUCGUCCUGGCGCGCGCGGCCUACAACACGUCCAACAUUUUCGUCAACGUCAUGACCAACUACCAGCUUUCGAGCGCCGCCUGGAACUGGUCGACGCGCGCUGCUUUCUUCUGGGCCGGCACGUGCUUCUGCUGCGUCAUCUGGGUCUACUUCCGUCUGCCCGAGCCCAAGGGACGCACCUAUGCCGAGUUGGACAUGCUGUUUGAGCAGGGUGUGUCGGCGAGGAAGUUUGCAAAGACCAAGGUCGAUGCUUAUUCUGACACGAACGUCCUGGCGAAGAAAUCGUUGGAUGGGGCUUAUUAA